AUCUAUCGGACGCAACAGCUUCCGGUUUGAAGUAAAAACACAAUUUUGACAUUGGUCUCAUACUCGCGUUAAAUAUGGCUUCUCUGUCUUUAAAUACGUUAAAACAAAUCAUGAGAGCAAUGGUAGACAAUCCAGGCUUUGACAGAGUCCUGAGCAAGGUGGACGUUUUGUCUGCAAGCCCAGGUAAGGUGGUGUGUGGUUUGCGGGUAGAGGAAGAGCACACCAACCGAGGAGGGACGCUGCACGGCGGACUGACAGCCACCCUGGUGGAUGUUAUCUCCACCAUGGCCAUCAUGUACAGUGAGAGGGGAUCACCAGGAGUCAGUGUGGAUAUGAACAUAACAUACAUGAAUGCUGCCAAGAUAGGAGAGGACGUACUCAUCACUGCUCAGGUUCUAAAGCAAGGACGGACCCUGGCGUUCGCCACAGUAGACCUCACCAGCAAAGCCUCCGGGAAGGUCAUAGCACAAGGCCGACACACUAAACACCUCGGCGGCAGCUGAACUUGCUCCUAUGUGCCUGUCUGUAAAUCACGUAUCUGUAUGGUUAAAACAACCAACCUCUGACUGUGAACACAAUGUUGUUAACAAAUCCUUCUCAGCUGUUAACUUAAUUCAUGUUGUGACACAUAUUUCGUCAACAGAACUGUAUGGUCAGAUUCACUCCUAAUGGAAACACUAUCAAUGUUUCAUGCACAUGCAAUAAAAUAAAUAGACAAGA